UCGUAUUUACGUACUAAGAGACAUAUACAGUAAGCGGAAAGCUUUGUUUGUUAAUACAUACAUUAAAAAAAUAAAAUAAUGAAUAAAAAAAGAACAAUCCGGACCUCCCCUAUAUUAAUAGCCCGAGUAACGGGGACAACUCAAACCUCUCCAAGCGCAAGGGGAGCAAGGGAGAGAAACAGUGGGGGAGGUUGAUCGCCGAGAAACAGAGCUUUCUCUUCUAGUUUAGACCCAACGGGAAACUUACUCUCUCUUUGAAUUCUCGAAACUAGCCUCUGCCACUAUGUGUAACACGAACACCACCACCGUUUCCAUGGCGGCUAGCGACGAGAACCCACGGACACCCCCUCUCUACUACACCAAUAUCCCGCUCUCAAAGCCGGGAAAGAACCAACCUUUGAAGUUGCCGGAGCCGGCCGAGUCUCUGAGGGAGGCCUCGUCCCUCUUCCGCCUCUCCUUCCCCAUCGCGCUCGCCGCGCUCCUUAUUUACUCCCGCUCUGUUCUCUCUAUGCUGUUCUUGGGAUCUUUAGGCGACCUCCCGCUCGCCGCCGGCUCCCUCGCCAUCGCCUUCGCCAACAUCACGGGCUACUCCGUGCUGUCGGGCUUAUCUCUGGGAAUGGAGCCCCUUUGCUCCCAGGCCUUCGGUGCCAACCAGCGUAAACUCCUGGCGCUCACCCUUCACCGCUCUGUUCUCUUCCUCCUCUGUUCUUCCAUCCCCAUCUCUCUUCUCUGGCUCAACAUGUCAAAGAUCCUCCUCUUCCUCGGCCAGGACUCGGAAAUCACCUCCCUCGCCCAAAGCUACCUCCUUUUCUCCCUCCCCGACCUCAUUGCCUUCUCCUUCAUUCAUCCCCUCCGCAUCUACCUCCGGUCGCAGGGCAUCACCCGCCCCCUCACACGCGCCGCCUCCCUUGCCGCCUUGGUCCACCUCCCGGCCAACCUCCUCCUCGUGACCCAUCUCCGCCUCGGCGCCCCCGGCGUCGCUGCCGCCUCCGCCUCCUCCAACCUCGCCCUCCUGCUCUUCUUCCUCUUCCACCUCCGCAGCGAUCCGGACCCGACGUGGCGGCGUCCCACCCUCGAGUGCCUCUCCGGUUGGGGGCCCCUGGCCCGCCUCGCCGCACCCAGCUGCGUCUCGGUCUGCCUCGAGUGGUGGUGGUACGAGCUGAUGAUCCUCCUCUGCGGCCUUCUCCCGGACCCGAAGCCCGCGGUGGCCUCCAUGGGCGUCCUCAUCCAGACCACCGCCCUCCUCUACGUCUUCCCCUCCUCCCUGGGAUUCGGCGUCUCCACGCGGGUGGGCAACGAGCUCGGAGCCAACCGCCCGACCGGCGCCCGCGCCUCCGCCGUGGUCUCGGUGGCGCUCUCUGCCGUGAUGGGGUUAGCGGCGAUGGGGUUCGCGGCGGGGAUGCGGAAUCGGUGGGGGCGGAUGUUCACGGACAGCGGGGAGAUACUCCAGCUGACGGCGGCGGCGAUGCCGCUCGUGGGGCUGUGCGAGCUUGGGAACUGCCCGCAGACUGUGGGAUGCGGGGUGCUGCGGGGGAGCGCGCGGCCGGCCCACGCGGCCCACGUCAACCUGGGUGCGUUCUACCUCGUCGGCAUGCCGGUGGCCGUCGGGCUGGGGUUCGGCCUCGGCGUGGGCUUCACGGGGCUCUGGAUGGGUCUCCUCGCCGCCCAGAUGUGCUGUGCCGGCCUCAUGCUCCACGUCGUGGGGACCACCGACUGGGAGGCCCAGGCUUGCCGGGCCCAGGUUCUAACAGGGAAGCCUCCUGCGGGGCUCAAAGAGAUGGAGGAAGGCAAAGUUGCUGAUGAUGAAGCGGUAAAGGGUACAGAGAAAUGCGAUGAGCCGUUGAUCUGAACCAGAACGGAUGAGAUUGAGAGUGGACGAGAUUGAGAGGAGACAUGUUAUAAUGCACUUCUGAGUUCUCUAACUUUUAGGAUUUUAGAGAGAGAGGGAGAGACAGGACUAGAUGAUUUUGCGUGGAUUGUUGAUAUAUAUUUUUUAUUUUUCCUAUCUAAUCGAAGCUAUUCACUUGAUCUUUAUUUUUGUACUGAUGAGUAAUGACUUGGAAGGUAGAGCGUAUAUUUGUGACUUGGGGGA